UCAUCUCUUUCCCCUUGCUUAAUGCAGUCAACCUAAGAUUUCUCAUUAUUUGGAGGCACUCUGGAUCCCUCUCAUCAUUGCAUUUGCACAAAAAUACUCAAUUCCAAACACAAACAAUUCCUUGACAUAACCUGUUACCAAGUCCUUGAUUCAGGAGAGAUGAAAGCAUUUUGGAGAAAAAAAGAAUAUGAGAAACAGAAAGAAGCGACUUUCUUAAGGAAUGGAAGAAUAGUAUUCGAGAAAUCAAUUGCCCUGUGUGAUGGCAAAUGUAAUCCUAUCCGUAAUUUCUCUGCUAGCGAGCUCAUGACAGCAACAAACAACUACGCACAAAUUCUAUGCGGUAAGCGUAUUUUUAAAACUUACCAGGGUUUUCUUGGGAACAGGCCAAUAUCUGUCAAGAAGUGGGGAGUUUUUGUCAAGAAAUGUCGGAACCAAGAAGUUUUCAAUGAAAUUGUAUAUUCAUCAAAACUUGGUUCCCAUAAGAAUGUUCUAAAGUUGAUAGGAUGCUGCUUGGAGACUCAAGUUCCCAUUCUAGUAUUUGAACCCGUACAGGCUGCAACACUUGCUGAUCGCAUUAAAGGUCACCAUUAUGGUGCACCAAUGCUAUACAAAUGUCGGAUGAAGAUUGCGAUGGACAUAGCGCAUGUGGUUGCAUAUCUCCACUCUGCGUUCUCGGAGCCCAUUGUUCAUAGAGAUAUUAAACCUUCAAACAUCUUACUGGAUGAACAAAACGUCACGAAAUUGUCCAACCUCUCACUCUGUGUAUCUAUUCCUAAAGGUGAAACCCACAUAGAGGAUCAACCGGUGGGUACUCUUGAGUUCAUUUCGCCUGAGUCCUUAACCUCAGCGCGCAUCAAUGAGAAGCAUGAUGUUUUUAGUUUUGGAGUCUGCUUGCUUAUCCUUUUGACUGGAAACCCCUUGGUUUAUGUUGAAUGCUCCUUAGUGGAUAAUGUGAAAUAUCUUAUUGAAAACAAUAGGGUUGAUGAGAUUACAGAUCCCAUAAUUCAGGAAGAAGGAAGUUGGCCUGGAAAACAGCAGCAGCUAAAAGCUUUUGCAACAAUUGCCAUAAGAUGUGUCUCACAAUUUGAAGACGAUAGGCCGACGAUGAUUGAUGUGGCAAAAGAAUUGAGGCAAAUUCAUCGGUCCUUAGAUUCUCUUCCAUAGGCUGCAACUAAUUGCGUGCACCAUGAAUACUGCUGGAAAGGCUUCCAGCAAUAUCACAUCCAGGGAUCAUGAGGAUUCCACUUUGGAGAUAUCCGAUUUUCACUAGGGAACUUGGCGACACUGGCCUUCGACUUUGUUACACAGAACACGCAUAUAAAAUGACAAUCUUAAGGCAGACUUGCUGAACUGACAUGAAGCUAUUAAAGUGGACACAGUUUUGACUCCAAGUUUGGCAACCAUGGGUAAGCAUAACAUAUUUUAUCUGACUUCAAAUAAUGCUUAUUAGGUUAUAAGAACAGAAUGGAUUCUGACCUCGACUUCCAGUUUGAUGAACUCGCCCAAAAUGAAUUGGUUGAAGGACCUUCACUGCUUAUCCAUCAGAGUAAUCGAUCACAUGAGCUCAUAAUUCUUCCAAGCAUGAUGCAUCUCUGAGGUGUGUAUGUCGCUCACGGCUUAUGGCAGUAAUAAUUCCACUAUUUCCUGCAAUUGAAAAUUUGAGGUAGCAGAAAAGCAAGUGAAUCAAGGCAUAAAUCUCAGCUACUGCUCUCCUUUUCUAAGCAAAUUCAGGGAGCAUAUUACUAUUUAUCAUUAUGCUACUUAUUUCAGACCAAGAAGAAAUUGGAAGCAAAAGAUGGGACAAAUUUCAUGAGAGUUUUGCUUCAUUUUUUUACUACUGAAAUUCACACAUUAACUUGGUGAUUCCUGAUUGAACUGAAAUUUGUAGUACAUACGCUUAUCCCCUAUCUGGAGAGGAUUUUUUCCCCCUUUUAGAGCCCUGAAAUUAAUCGAAAUGACAAACUUUGCAAUUGCCAAAAAACAAACUAUCUAAUACACCCCCUUUUCAUGUAUUAAACAUUAUGUAUAUUGAAUCACUUCCCUUUUAGUCCACUUUCUUUGAAAGGUGGUUAGUAACUUCAUUGAUACUCAAGUGACUACAUGAUUGAUGCUCCAAUGUAAAAUAACCAAUGAACUGAUCAUAUGGAGAAAGAAUAGAGUGCAAAAGAAAAUGGAGCCAUUGCCCUAAUUGGAACUAUAGCCAGGGGUUGAUAAUGUUUGGAGGAAUCCUGAUGUUUAACGGCAACUUUGAAUACGCUAGUUCCUUUUUCACGCUAGAAAUAUAAGAGAGUAAAGUUAGGCAAAGCGUAAGCUUCUAUGAGCUGUCUAGCUAGAAAUAUAAGAGGGUAAAAAGAGCUUUAUUCCUACAGCUAGACAGAAUAGAAGUUUAUACAGAAGAGAACAUAUAAUUGUAAUCCCAAAUUAAAUGUAAUCCUAAAUAAUGUAUGAGGCUCAAAUCAAGCAUUGUUUCAGCUGUUACUGAAUAUUAAGGGAUACACAAGAAGAACCAGUACCUAUCCAGAUAUUAAGGCAAAAAUCCUCUUUUCCAAAGAUCUGUAGCAUUGAAACCACCAUGAACAUCAUCAAUGUGCCUUUUGACGAGGAUCAAGCUCUGUCAUUUUAUCGAACCGUGCUUUGGAUCCCAAAACAUCACCCAUCAAAGCAAGAACAAAAAAUAAAUAAAUUGUGACUGCAAAUCAUGAUUAUCUCAAUGAGAAAGAUUUCACACAAAAAAGCUCCAAACUUUACCUGUCCAAAGAGUAGCAUUCCAUGUCAGAAUGGAGAGAAUUGAUUCACGGGCAUUGUUUUUUCGUGUCAAACCAUCCCAAAUGUCAGACACUGAUGGG